AUGCGUCUGACUCAGCCAAUGGGCGUCGGUAAGCCUCCGCCGAGCGACGGUCGAGUCGUGGACGUCGUCGUCGUCGUCGUCGUCUGCACACCACCAGCGAUGCCCUCCACCGUCAUCCUCGGCGGCGGCAUCGUCGGGCUCGCCACCGCCUACUACCUCGCCACGCUUACCCACGACACCGACCCCGGCGCAUCCGGCCACCACGACGUCCACCUUGUCGAGCCCUGCCCCGAGCUCUUCGCCUCCGCGUCCGGCCACGCGGGCGGCUUCCUCGCGGAGGACUGGUUCAACCCUGCCCUCGCCCCCCUCGGCGCACUCUCCUUCCGCCUCCACCGCGAGCUCGCACAAGCACACACCGGCCGCGCACUCUGGGGCUGGAGCGAGACCGUCUCGUACUCGCUCGACCGCAAUGCCAGCAUCGUCACCACGGACUCGGACGGCGACCCGGACAUCGACCUCGGCGCGAUGGACGACGACGAUGGCGACGGUGACGGCGCGGGCGGGUCCGACCUCGACUCGGAGCCGCCGCUGUCCCCGGACCCGGCGUCGCUCCCGGACUCGGAGCUAGAGAUAUUGCCCAGGGCCCUGCUCCGUCGCGUGGAGGCGCAUCGGGGUGGCCAGGAAGAGGUCGACACAACUCGGCGCAUCGUUCUAGACGACGAGGAUGGCGACGCGCUGUUUGGGUUGAGCAGAGUCCCUGUCGUCGAACAGCGCACGGCGGACGCGCUGGCGGCGGCCGAGGUGGCGGCAGAGGCUCAGGCUGCAGCGGAAGCGGCGGCGCAGGCCACCGCGGAGGCAGAGGCAGAGGCAGAGGCCGAUGCAGCAGCCGACGCAGCGGUGGCAGCGACCGCCGAGCAAGCCAGGCUCGAGAGUCCGUACUGGCUCACCACCCCAUCGCACGCUGCCCAGGCCAUCUCAGACAGGACGACAACUAGCCAGAUAAACCCACAUCAACUCUGCGAAUUUCUACUGGAGAAAUGUCUUUCGAUGGGCGUGCACCUCCAUCACCCCGCACGUGCAGCAGAGCUUGUUCACGCCGACCCCAGCGACCCGGACUCGCGGACGCUCAUCCGACUACAUCUUCUGGCGACGACGAGCACCGGGCGCGAGCUGCGUCGCGGAACGCUCGACGUCCUCUGUGACAGUCUUGUCCUUGCCGCAGGGUGCUGGACUCCCGACGUCUUCAGCACCCUCUUUCCCCAUGCCCCACGCGUGCCUGCCGUGCAGCGCCUCGGCGGGCAUUCGAUCGUCGUGCGCACACGGGCGUGGCAGCCCCCUCCCCCCGACACACCCGACGCUGCGUCCGUGCCGUGCCACGCGAUCUACACGUCGGACCCUAGUGGCUUCUCGCCGGAGGUGUACGCGCGCGCUGGCGGGGAGAUCUGGAUUGGCGGGCUGAACACUGCGGUGGCACCCCUCCCCGCCCGCGCGUCGGACGCGAAGGUCGCCCCGGAGUCUGUCGCGCGGCUCGUUGCGCUCGCGCAAGAGCUGAUUGGCGAAGAUAUUGAGCUCGUCGAGUCGGGGCUGUGCUUCCGCCCCAUCUCGCCGUCGGGAAAGCCGAUGAUCGUUCAGAUGUCGGAGAAGGACCUGGGCGGGGGCAUUGCUCCGAAGGCUGGCGGUCCUGGCGUGGGUGGCGGUGUGUUUUUGGCGACGGGCCAUGGGCCAUGGGGAAUCAGCCUGAGUUUGGGGACAGGCCUCGUGGUGAGCGAGAUGAUCCUGGGACGACCAACGAGUACCGACAUUCGGGGACUGAACAAGUGGUAA